AUGUACAUUCGUGCCGCUCACGCCGAAACCGACCUCCGGGUUCUUCGCCGCCUCGUCCACGAGAAUCCUCUCGGGAUGCUUACAACCGGUAUCAAAUCCCCGUCGCACUCGUUUCUCCAAAGCAGCCACAUCCCCUUUCUUCUAGAUGUCCAAGAUGAAUCCAGCGAGACUGAACUGGGUCGACUAAGAGGUCAUCUUGCGCGACAGAAUCCGCAGAGCAAGACUAUGAUGGAGCACUGUUCUUCCAACCCCGGGCUGAAUAGUUAUCUCGAGGAUGAAGUUCUGGUUAUCUUUACAAGAGCAGCGCAUCAUUACGUUACGCCAAAGUUCUAUACCGAGACGAAACCCGCUACAGGGAAGGUUGUGCCGACGUGGAACUAUGCUGCGGCGCAGGUAUACGGCAAGGCACGCAUUUACUACGAAAACAAUGACGAGACGUCAAGUUUCCUUGGGAAGGCGAUUUCAGACCUGACAGAUCACAAUGAGAGGAAUACCAUGGGGUAUACGGGCGGUGAUAACCCGACUCAAUGGAAAGUCACGGACGCUCCUGAAAAAUAUGUCGAUUUGUUGAAGAGGAAUAUUAUCGGUAUCGAAAUCGAAGUGACUAAGCUGGAGGGGAAGUUCAAGAUGAGUCAAGAGGUGGGUGAGGGAGAUCGGGAUGGUGUUGUCAAGGGGUUUGAGAAUUUGAAGACGGAGGUUGGUGAUGAGAUUGCUAGGACUGUGAGGGAUCGUGGGGAGGCAAAGGAUAAGAAGAGAUGA